AUGGCUGAUGAAAGUCAACAAAGAGCUGUCAACACAGCAUUUGCACCUCCACCGCCAUUAUGGAAGCACUUUACGCCUGAGAAUAUCGAGAAGGUGGAGCAGAUCAAAGCCGAAGCUUCAAAGGGUGAAGAUGGACGACCAGACAAGAAGAAGGAAUGGUCAGCGUCAGAAUUGCGCGCCCUAAAUCUUCCUUCAGAGCUGCGUUAUUUUGUACCCCCGGAUAUUCCUGAAGAACAGUACAGUGUCUUUGGCGAAUUGCAAGCUCUGUCUACUGCACUGCCAUCGUUAAAAGAACAAGGCAUCGAACAACUUUAUCCAGAACCCUCCGUAACAACAGCUGAACAAGACUCACAACCCGCGCCUCUUAACCACGCAUACUAUCUCCUCAAGAUCAGCAAGUCCCUGCUCCUCAAUUUUCUCGAGUUUGUCGGCAUUCUAUCGGUAUCACCAGAGCAGUUUGAAUCAAAAGUGGAAGACUUGCGCAACCUGUUCAUCAAUGCGCACCACCUACUCAAUCUAUACCGCCCCCACCAAGCUCGGGAAUCACUCAUUACGAUGAUGGAAGAACAGCUCAACCACAGCCGGGAGGAAAUCAAGCAAAUGGACAAGGUCAAAGCGGAGGUUGAAAAUGUUCUAGAACAACUACAAGCGGAGGGUUGCGCUGUAGGCACCAACGAGUCAGAAGAGGAUAACGACCAGGCCAGAGCCUUGAAAGCAAAGGCCGACGAGCACUCCCGGUUGAUCUGGGAUCUACUGGACAAAGAGAAUUGA